CUCUCACGAUAAGACCUACCACAAUGAUAAAGAUUCCGUGCCUGGCAGUACCCGUAGUUAAUCUGUUUUCUUGCGCGCCUACGGCAGCCUCCCGAGUAUUUAUAAGUUUGUGAGCAGUUCAAUUUGCAAAACAAAGAGUUUAGUUCACUGAAUAUAAUUUUUUACCAUAGGGACCUAUUGCUGCCAAUCUUGCUCAACUGUUGUCCGGGUAGGCUACCCGCUAAGUCAUAAAACCAGACAGUUGGCUAUUAAUUCAGAAUUUUAGACUUUUUUUAUUAGUGGAUUUCAAAAUGUUGUUUAAGUUGGUAUUAGCACUGUUGCUUGUGUUUUGUGCUGAGGCGCAAGAUACUCGACAGAUUUUGUUAACUUUGAGCUCGGUUGGAAAUUCUGAGAAGGGAGCGCAAGGUCCACCGGGUCGUCCAGGUAGAAGAGGGCCACCUGGAUUGAAAGGAUCAUCUGGACCUGUUGGCGUACUCGGUCCCAAGGGAGAAAAAGGAGAAUGUACUACGAACAGUGCAUUCGUUAAUAAUGCUAUACAGGAGAUGGAAAAUCGGUUCAGCAGGUUAAAAAAUCAAAUGGAAACUCUUUUUCAAACUGGUGUUAAACAAAUUAAUGGAAUAUCUUGGUUUUCUGCUGGAAAUGGUUAUUUAUAUACAACUUUGCCAGCAUCAAACUAUCAAGCUGCUAAUCGUUCGUGUGCAGCAAUCGGUGCAAGAUUGGCUGUUGCUGCUCCAAGAAAUAUAAACAUAACGAGAAGGAUUGGAGAUCACUUCGGUAUUACAUCACAACACAACUGGAUCGGUCUUAAUGAUAUUGAACAAGAGAAUACUUGGGUUUGGGAAAACGGGGAGCGACUUUUAAGCAGCGAUGCAAACUGGAGCUCUGGAGAACCAACAAAUUGGAAUGGACAAGUCGUCGAAGAUUGUGUAUUGUUGUAUCAUACAGGAAAAUGGAAUGAUGCUUCGUGCGAUUACUUUAAUAUACCGCUCUGCGAAAUGUCAGUUUUUGAUACAUAAUGCCGUAAUAGAUUAUAAAUUGGGCUCAUCAUUUUAAAAAGCCACUCGUGUAAACCAUACAACUCUUUCGUUUUACCCACCGUCCUACCACUUUGCACCAAAUAAGCUAUGGUUACAAGAUUGGCUGAUAAUAAUGCCUUAUGUGAAUACAAUUUUCCGUUCUGAUUUUGUGAAAUAUACCGGUUAAAAUGGAGCCUCGGUCUUGUAAAUUUCUUUGCAAAAGUG